UCCCCGCAUUGCAGCGCCCGGUGCUCGCCCAUCGAUCAGGUCCCCUCCCUCCGCCGCGCGCAGACCGCCCAGCUCAGCAAGUCUUGCGGCAGAGGCACUUCGCGCCGAGUUGGGCCGGGGCGGAGCGGGGACUCCUUGCCCUGGGGACCGGACACCGCCUCGAGCCGUGGCCGGCGCCGCGCACCCCGCAGCCCGACGCACGGAGACCCGGGACCCCCUGCCUGCCGCGGCCGCGCUCGGCCAUCCCCGCUGCCACCAUGAGGAACAUCUUCAAGAGGACCCAGGAGCCCAUUGUGGCUCCUGCCACCACCACUGCCACAAUGCCGAUUGGACCCGCAGACAACUCCAGCUCCACAGAGAGCGGGGGUGCUGGGGAGAGUCAGGAGGACAUGUUUGCCAAGCUGAAGGAGAAGUUCUUCAAUGAGAUCAACAAGAUCCCCUUGCCACCGUGGGCUCUGAUUGCCAUCGCUGUGGUCGCUGGCUUGCUGCUCCUCACCUGCUGCUUCUGCAUCUGCAAGAAGUGCUGCUGCAAGAAGAAAAAGAACAAGAAGGAGAAGGGGAAGGGCAUGAAGAACGCCAUGAAUAUGAAGGACAUGAAGGGUGGUCAGGAUGAUGACGACGCAGAGAUGGGCCUGACUGAGGGAGAAGGUGAAGGAGAAGAGGAGAAAGAGCCAGAGAAUCUGGGCAAACUGCAGUUCUCCCUGGACUACGACUUCCAGGCUAACCAGCUCACCGUGGGCGUCCUGCAGGCUGCGGAACUACCUGCCCUGGACAUGGGGGGCACCUCGGACCCUUACGUCAAAGUCUUCCUCCUCCCAGACAAGAAGAAGAAAUACGAGACCAAAGUCCAUCGAAAGACCCUGAACCCUGCCUUCAACGAGACCUUCACCUUCAAGGUGCCCUACCAGGAGUUGGGGGGCAAAACCCUGGUGAUGGCCAUCUACGACUUUGACCGCUUCUCCAAACACGACAUCAUUGGGGAGGUAAAGGUCCCCAUGAACACUGUGGACCUCGGCCAGCCCAUCGAGGAGUGGAGAGACCUGCAAGGCGGGGAGAAGGAGGAGCCGGAGAAGCUGGGUGACAUCUGCACCUCCCUGCGCUAUGUGCCCACAGCCGGGAAGCUCACUGUCUGCAUCCUGGAGGCCAAGAACCUCAAGAAGAUGGAUGUGGGUGGUCUUUCAGACCCCUAUGUGAAGAUCCACCUCAUGCAGAAUGGUAAGAGGCUUAAGAAGAAGAAGACGACAGUGAAAAAGAAGACCCUGAACCCCUACUUCAACGAGUCCUUCAGCUUCGAGAUCCCCUUCGAGCAGAUUCAGAAAGUCCAGGUGGUGGUCACUGUGCUGGACUAUGACAAGCUGGGUAAGAAUGAAGCCAUCGGCAAGAUCUUUGUGGGCAGCAAUGCCACAGGCACAGAGCUGCGGCACUGGUCCGACAUGCUGGCCAACCCCCGGAGGCCCAUUGCCCAGUGGCACUCGCUCAAGCCUGAGGAGGAGGUGGAUGCACUUCUGGGGAAGAACAAGUAGGCGGCAGCAGCUGGGACCCAGCGCCCUUCACGGACACUGACAAGAUCCAGAGCUAUCAAUACCUCAGUUAUGCGACCUUAGAGGUUUUUUGGUUUUGUUUUGCUUUUUUGUUUGUAGUUGUAUACUUGUUUUUCUUUCUUCUCUUUUUAAAGACCAACUUUCCCUUUGAUGACUGUGUGAGGAGAGUCCCCUAAGAGGUGAAAGAGAAGCCUGGCUCUGUUCAUCAUCCUAGGAACUGCCCUUGCUGCAUGCCCUGUCAUGGUUCCCUCUCACUCUUUCAGUGCUUCACUUAAGUUUCACCCUGAGUGAGGCACUACUGGCAGGAAGUUGCAGCACUUCCUGUUUCUUGCACAUUCUGGACCAACAAAAUGGUGACACAUCCUGUUUCCUGACAGCAAAGGCAACACAGUGGCCAAUGGUGGGUGGGUUGGGGUGUUGGGGUGUGUGUGUGUGUGUGUGUGUGUGUGUGUGUGUGUCUCUGUGUCUCUGUCUGUCUGUCUGUCUUUGAGUGUCUCUCUUCAAUCCUGGGAUGAGCCUGUACAGUGAAGCUGUGUGGGAAGAAAGAGUUCUUCAGGGACCCUGAAAUGAAGAAAGUCCACUGUUGGUGGAGACCUAUCAGCUUGUGGAGAAGGCUCAAAAUUGUGGUCAGAUGCCAGAAGCUCCUACAUUCCUUGUAGAUGGCUCUUUGGGAGGCAGCAGGAUGGGGGGACUGGAUGUGUCAACUAGGACCAAACCCCUGAUGCCAUCAUAGACUUCCUCCUGUCAAUCACGGCUUCUCCAGAAGUGGGGUUUCUGGGACAUUCGUGGAAAUGAAGUAUUCAUUAGAUUGGUCAGACUCUAACAGGGACUGUCAGUCCCAGGAUCUCACUCUUAUUGACAAUGAAUAUCAAACUAUGAAGAAACAGAAGCUUCUUUAUCCAGAAAGACCAAAAUGAAAACUCCUGCAUCUUUGCCCCAUCCAUUGGGAAACACAAACACUCUCUCCCUCUCCAGAAUAUAAGCAAUGCAAUUCAUUUGCAUUUUUCUCCAUCAUGCUUUUGCUUCAAUUUCUCUUUUAAGUGGAGCAACUUGUCUGAAGACAUGUUAUCUGUAUAGAGCCAGAGAACUGGAAGAGGAAGGCUUAAAUGUCCUUGGUGUCCAGGUAAGAAGGGGGUGGUAAAGACGGGAGAAUGAUGGACUGAUGGUGGAGAGUUUCUGGGAUGGGAGCAUUGGGAUUCCCCCAACUCCCAUUCCUUGCUCUCUGGACCCUCUGCCCUCCAUACCAGAGGGCUUAUGAGUAGCUGGAGUGGCUCAAGGAGGCCCCAGCCUCAAAUUCAUUAGAGUACUUCUCUAUGAAUGUUAAGACGAAAGGCAUUCAUUUGUAAUGGGUGUUGGAGGAAACCUGCCAGGGUUUCUACCCCAUGUCCUGUUAUCCCAUUCCCCCAUUCACCUCUUGUCCCCAGCACUGAUUUUUAAAAAGCCAUAUAUAUGUUAGUCAAGUUUGCACUGAGUCCCCUUUCAAACCUUUAGCCCAGACAAGAGAGACAUGUCCCCAUAAUGGCCAGAAGCCAACCCUCUUUGUCUCCCUUCCCUUGGCUUCUGCUGUCUCUGAAGCCCUCAGAUCCUUGCCAUUUCCUUACCACAGAAAACUCACAGCUUCCCAAGAAGCCUGGGAAUCACAUUCUCAGCAAAAAUGGCAGCAUUUCCUGUCCUUCCCAAUCUGGACCACUUUACCUUCCUGUAGGCACCUAAGAUAGAAUGAUGGUGUUGGAGAGAAUCAGGCUUUGAGGUGGAGAGAAUCAGGCUUUGAGGUCCCAGAGAGUGUCUUAAUUUUAUUAAAGAAGUGAGGGAAUUUGGUUUUGCUUUGCUUUUGUUGUUGUUGUUGUUGAAGUAAGAGCGAGGGAACACUUCCACCAGAAAGAGACUGGAAAGCAGGUCUUGGCUGGCCUCUCAGAGACUGAUCCUUCUUCCUGCUAGUGCUACAUGAGAAGUCAUGUAUUUUAUACACCCCAUGUGUACAUGCCUACUAGGAAGGCAGGACUGCAAUACAGAUACAAGCUCUGGUCCUUGGGACCAGAGUUGUGGUCAUGGUAGACACUUGUAGGACAACAGAGUGCCUUCAGAAUCUGGGUGGCAGUGGAACGCCAACAAUCCAAGCAUGGACAUCGGAUGUCACUGGACUCUUCUCUCAUCCCCAGGGCUGUGGAUUUUGGUGCUCUCUCAGGGUCCCCCUCACCCACCUUUCACAAACCUCAUUCAUGGAAACUUCCUGUCAAUCUCCCUUUAUUAUUUUACCCUUUUACAAUUCACGUUCUACCACCAGGGAUUCUUCUUUGCCCAUGAACCUCAUUCACUCCUUCUGAAGCCCAGGACCUGCCACUCUCUUGCUAGAGAAGGGAAGGAAAUGGUAGGCACCUCUGGUGGUUUGAGUGUCCCUUGCCUGGAGACAGGAGCUUGGUUUUGUCACUCCGAGCCCACCUCUAGCAGGCAGCCUAAGGGGGCAGGGACAGGUUACUUGGCACCAGUGUGGCGCUAUCUGGGUGCUAGGAGCAGUUCCUUCCCCAAGUCCUGGUUGGUUCUGAGCAGAUGGCAUCUGUCUGGCUCCACAGGCUGCGGGGAACAUGGUGAUGCUUGUAAGGUUACUACACCUGAGGGCUGACGUAAUCCAAAUCACAGAGCGUCAUUCCAAACCCUCACUGCUGUGCAGGUUUACAGGUUUACUUGUGCCAUGUUAGGGCCCUGGGUGUCAGCGCUAAUUAGGAAAGAACUGGGGUGUCUGGAUGCCUCUGGGCUGUGAGUUUUCAUCCCUAAGUCUGUUCCAGAGAGAGGAAAGUACUUAGUAGAGAGAAGAUUUUUUACAGAGGGGCUGAGACCAUGAAAACCCAAACCUAACCCCACCCAGAAACUGCAAGUGAGGCCUAAAAGUUUUGUUUUCUCCCUGGAUAAUCAUUCCAGAAAGGAUGUUAACUGCCAGAGCUGUGGGCAGAUUUUUAGAUUUUGGAAACAGAAGCCUAAGUCCGGGGAAGGCUGGGCAGUCCCAGAGAGUGCGGAGGUAUUUGGCAUGAUGAGAAACAACUUUCCUGGAGCCUCCUGGCUGGAGGAUGGGACAGUGGAGGACUAGGCCACAGUCUCAGAUCCUGGACUUUUCUCUUCCCAUAUGUAGCGUGUCUCUGAAGAAGCAGUGUUGGAUGAUUUUGGUGGCCCAAGGCUUCAGUGAGAGAGAAGGGUCGCUGCAGGUCUCCUGCAGGUAAAACUAGCUCUUUUGUAAACCUGUCCCCAUGCAGGAGAUGGGUGAUAGCAGUGGGAGCACCCUCUUCUGGGCUGGGGUGGGAGAGGUUCCUUCUUUAAUGUUCUAGGCUAAUUCUUGAGGCUUCCAUGUCCUGGGUCUUAGCCGACCUUAACAGAGCCUGUCCUUGCUGGUCUCCCUCCCUCUCAAAGGUAGAAGAUUGAGCCAGGAGAUGCCCUCACAUCCUCUGCUCUACCCCUUCUCUGUUCUGUCUCCUUCCUUCCCACCUCAGGAUGGUUGGGCCCUCUUUCAGAGCCACAGGUGGUGGCAGCUGGGGAGGAGUCCCAAAUCCUGAUCCUGGUGGUCCAGAGCCCUAUGAUGUGAUUGCCAGAUUUGGCAAAUAAAAAUGGAAGAUGCUCAGUUAAAUCUGAAUUUCGGAUAAACAACUACUUUUAAGUAAGUAUGUCCUAGGCAAUAUUUGAGACAUAGUGUACUAAAAAAUGAUUCGUUUAUCUGAAAUUCAAAUGUAAGUGGCCAUCUGCAUUGUGUCUGGCAACCCUACCCUCUGACCACGGCUCCCCAGUCCCUCUUGGCCAGGGGGGCCAGCGACUGGUCACCAUGGAUUUGACUUAACCUGUUUUCAAACUGCAGUACUGAGAAGGGGACACUGUGACUUGAAGAUACAUGAAUAUACUUUUAUUUUUUAAGUGACAACAAAACAAGAACCUUCUGAAGCCAUUUAAGCCUCACCUGACCCCUUCCAUGAGCGUUUAGUUAUAUAUAAAAGAUAGUUAUCUAUACACAUAUGAACAGAAAUCUUGUUUAAUCAAGAUGCAUGUCUAUAACUUUCUGUAAAUAGCCGCAUGGCAAUGCUGGGAGUUCCCUUGAUUUUGCAACCCCAAACCCAUUUUACAGAACUGGUUGAGCCUGUUUCUUCAAUUUAUGUUGUGUGGCGUCUUUGUCUCCAGUCUGACCUCUGCUUCCCCUCACUGGGAAUCUUGCAAUGGGAGCCAUCAGGGGACAGAAGAGUUUCUGGCCCAGAGGCCAGUUCUGUUGGGAGAUGCGAGAGGAGGACACUGUGUCCCUGGAGGGCCAUCUGUCGCACAUGGGUGUGCAGGGGCACCGCGCACUGUGUCCAGUCUGCUGUCUGUCCUGUUGCUCCUGUGUCCUGUGUAUGUGUGGUGUGGCUCCCUUCUUCCCACUGUCUGAAUUAACUGAAAAGCCAUAAAGGGGGCCUCCUGCUGGAGACUGCCCUUGGCUCCUCCCAGGAGCACCCACGUCCCUCCGACUGGCUCCCCACAGAACACCUGUGAAGGGCUCACCUGGUGUCACCCUCUUUUGCUCCCUUAGCACGGUGCCAUGAGGACAGAUGGUGUCCAGGGCUUCUGGUAGGGUGUCAGGAGAUGACCCUGGCUGGCUUUCUUGGCCUAAGUCUGAUGAUUCAACUCCAUCUCCACCCUGGGUGUGGACAGGGAGUGGUGGGGAUGCCAGUUUUGGACAAUACUUGGGGGCUCUGUAGAGGUGACCAGGGUUUUCAGGAGCAGCUAGUCAGUGGCUUAGUCUGUGGUCAGCUUCCCAUUUACCCCUGGGGUUGACAGAACCAGCCCUCCUUACUUUAGCAUUUACUCACUGUGGGUGUCAAGGCCCACGGAUGGUAAUGGAGGAGGAACUCGUGGGGAAAACCUUGGGGAACACGGUGGGUUAGGCUCUUCCCCCACACUGCACCCUGGGUCUGACGGAGCACGCCCCAGAGCAGGGUGGGCCACCCUGAGUGGCGGGCAGGUGUACACCAGGCUCUGACUCUCACAUCUCCCAGGGCAGUCCCAGCCUGGUGUGCCAAGCAGUGGAGAGGUGAGCAGAGGGGACUGGGGCCUUCCGAGGUCUCUGGCAGCAUGGUGCGCUGCAGUCCCUACCCGGCAGCCUAGGCUCCUCAUGGCCCCCAGGAGGCUCCAGCAGAGAGAAGUUGAGGAGGAGGGUGGGUGUAUUAGACAAGCCAGAGGCAGCAAGGUGGACUCUGCCAUUUACAAACCACCAUGCUUGGGCACACACAGUCUGAGGAACCUCAUGUCCCCCUUGUGCUGCGUCAGAGUGGAGAAAGUGGAGGGGACCAUUCAGAGCGGCUGGGAUCAGCUCCCACUGCAGGGCCUCCCGUUCUCCAGAAAGAAUCGAGGCAAGAGCUGAGGAAGAGUCUGGUCAGGUGGCGGGGCAGAAUGUGGGGGACUGGUUUCUCCUCCUCAGCAAGCGAUCAGGGCUUAGGGGUUCCUCAGAGAAGCCUGGCCACUCUGCCCCGAUUCCUGCUCACCCAAGGACUCUGCUGCUUUCUGAAAACCUAGGGGCUAGAAAACUUCAAAACUAGGGGCGAAGCAUAGCCUAGGCUGAUCUGGGUCACCUAGGGAAUGUGUCACCCCACCAGGACCUCUCCCUGUCUACAUGAGGACACUCGAUGAGCCCUGGCCUCCCUCUUCCCCCUGCUUGGCAAUGCUCCCCACCCCCUUAUGUGGACUCUGUUGUUCUUGUCUGAUCUCUUGUCAAAUUGUUAUUUUGUAAUGAGCUGCGUCUCCUUAUUAAAGAAAUGAGCUGAAAGAAA